AUUUUCUCUGAAAGUUGUCUUGGGUGUGGAAAUCUUUUCCCUGGUCCUCAUCAGAUGUCUCCCUCUUCCCCACCAAGCCAGUGCCUAUUAAGAAGAAUGAGCCAUUGAGUAGUUAGUGGCCAGUGUUUCUGGAAGUAGAACAUCGGAGACCCUGAGAGUUGCUGGGGCGUUUGAGUUUUUUCAUAUUCUCUGUGUAGUGGAGUUUUGGAGACUGUAUGACACUUCCGUGUGUUUGGUAUUAAGCCUCAAGGUUUCCAGAGUAAAGUGGAAAUUUAUUACUGAAGGCAAGGAGCUUUGAGGAAUUUUUCAACAUAAGAAUAUUGUUAAUGUGUUUUAUGUUAUCUUAUAUAAAAUAUUUGGGGGUUGCAGAGCUCAGUUGCUUUCGGCUUGUGAUCCUCCUGCCUCCAGCAAGCUGGAUAUUGCAAACAUGGAUCAUCAUGCCCAGCUCAAAAUGUUCUCAUAGGUAAAUAAUCAGUAUCUCAGUGUAAAAGGUCAUGAGGCCAAGACAAGAAGCACCGGGUCAGACCCAAGUAGCUGGGGAACACAGUUCAUUUGGAUUGAAGCUGCGGCUACUGUCCUUUAAUUUGUGGUUCGGGAAUACAUACGGGAUCCACCGGAGGGUUAAAACAGGUUGUUGGGCCUUGUCUCCUGUGAUUGUGUAGCCCUGGGAUGAAGAAAGAACACGAGCCAAAGGAUAAUGGUUCCUGCGUGAAAAUGUCUGGCUUGGCGUGUGCUUUCGGUAGCAGCUAUAGUUAGUGCCCAAAGAAUGGCGAGUGCUAUCUAUAAUGUUUACUCCAUUAAAACUUAAGAGAUAACGUGUUAACCAGAUUCACCAAACAAGCCGAAUGCUCACAGUCGACUCAAAAUCAAGGCUGUACCCGUUCCCUUCCGGGCGGAACAGUGCAAUCCGUUUUAGCCGGUGCGCCGCAGCGGCCAGUCCGGAGCCGGAAGCGGCCCGCCGGAAGUGGCGCGCUCCUGCUCAGUACGCUCGGGUUGGCGGUGGUGCACCGGCCGCUCAGGUUCCUCCGAGCCUCCUCGGGGCUUUCGGCCCGGUAGGGGAGGAAUGGAGCCGGUGGGCGGUGGCGGCGGCUCCUCCUCCACAGACCCGCGAAGUACUUACGUGCUGAGUAACCUUGCGGAGGUGGUGGAGCGUGUGUUCACCUUCCUGCCCGCCAAGGCGCUGCUGCGGGUAGCCGGAGUGUGCCGCCUGUGGAGGGAGUGUGUGCGCCGAGUGCUGCGGACCCACCGCAGCGUGACCUGGAUCUCCGCGGGUGUGGCGGAGGCCGGCCACCUGGAGGGACAUUGCCUGGUCCGCGUGGUAGCUGAGGCGCUUGAGAAUGUUCCCAUCUUACCACGGACAGUUCUCUACAUGGCGGAUUCUGAGACUUUCAUUAGCCUGGAAGAGUGUCGUGGCCAUAAAAGAGUGACUCCAAUGGGAUCUGGUAGCAAUCGACCUCAGGAAAUAGAGAUUGGAGAAUCUGGUUUUGCUUUAUUAUUCCCUCAAAUUGAAGGAGUGAAAAUUCAGCCCUUUCAUUUUAUUAAGGACCCCAAGAAUUUAACACUUGAAAGACACCAACUUACUGAAGUGGGUCUUCUGGAUAACCCUGAGCUUCGCGUGGUCCUUGUCUUUGGCUAUAACUGCUGUAAGGUGGGAGCCAGUAACUACCUGCAUCGAGUGGUCAGCACUUUCAGCAACAUGAAUAUCAUCUUGGCUGGAGGCCAGGUGGACAACUUGUCUUCACUGACUUGUGAGAAGAAGCCUCUGGAUAUUGAUGCCACAGGUGUGGUUGGACUGUCAUUUAGUGGGCACCGAAUCCAGAGUGCCACAGUUCUCCUCACUGAGGAUGUGAAUGAUGACAAGACUGUCGAAGCAGCCAUGCAGCGCCUCAAGGCAGCCAACAUCCCCGAGCAGAACACCAUUGGCUUCAUGUUCGCAUGCGUUGGCCGGGGCUUUCAGUACUACAGAGCCAAGGGGAAUGUUGAAGCCGAUGCCUUUAGGAAGUUUUUUCCCAGUGUCCCCUUGUUCGGCUUCUUUGGAAAUGGGGAGAUUGGAUGUGACCGGAUCGUCACUGGGAACUUUAUACUGAGGAGAUGUAAUGAGGUGAAGGAAGAGGAUCUAUUCCAUAGCUACACAACCAUCAUGGCGCUCGUUCACCUGGGGACCACCAAGUAAGCCGCCUUGGUGAGAGUGGUUUUCACAGUGUGUAACUUUGGAAGUUUGCCUUUUUCAAAACCAUGAAGACUUGGAAUAUAAAUUUUUAGAAAAACUAGCUUUGUGUGUUUUUUAGCUUUGAUUGAUGCUCUGAAAUCACUUUGGGGUGAUUUUUAAUACACAGAUGAAGGACAACUUCAUACACAUAUAGGUCAAGAAGUAAGGCUGUUGUUAGGUGCAAGCAAAGCUGCUGUGGCUGAACUGCACCAGGUUCUGUGGCCACUGUGUAUAAGUGCCCUGGGAGGUUGACAAGGCCACCAGGAAGGUGGAGGUUUAAGACCUUGUAGUGGUUGAUGAACUUUUAGCAGAAUCAUGACUUUUUUUCUCUCCUAAUAAAGGAGAAAAUUAAAGAAAUGGUUUGAAAUGUCUGCUCUUCAGCUUUCGCAGAAGCUGUAACAAAUAUAACUGACAUUUGACUUUUCUGAUAAAGAACUGUCUUUGUUUUGGUGCUGUAUAAAGUUGCUCCUUUAAGUAAGUUAGCUUUUUGCUCUUCACAGUAAAGACUCUGCAAGGGGAACAAUCUUUUUCACAUAGUUCUGAAAAUUAUGUCAUCAUAUUUUGGUUUUAUACCAAUAAAAUAUACUUAAACCCA